AUGGCUCUCAACCCCUCUCGGUCGGCCGUCUCGGCAACAUGCAAGGUAUUACGGCGAUGUGGCAGCUCAUCGCAGUCGGUCGUGCAGCGGCUUGGGCAACCGGUGCGGCAACUGUCGACCUCUGCAUCGCGCAGGAACGAGGCCGUUGAAACGACACCCGAACAAGAGAAAAGGCCCCGGUGGUCCUAUACACCGGAGCGGAUGAAGGGUCCCGGCUUUUCUAUCAACGUCGUCAAGGAUCCGAGCCGGACGAUCUGGCACAACAACGAGGACCCGGCGAAACUCGACGCUAUGUACAUGCGAUUACUGGGGUCGAAGGGGGAUAGGAUGUUGCCGGACGAGAUCAAAUGGCUUGCUGUCACACACAAGAGUUUCGAUCAGGGGAGACGAGGGUUCAACACAAGGCUGGCCUAUUUUGGACGGUUGAUCGUUUCGCUCGAAACCACAAGGCACAUCUUGGUCACUCCAGCCGCUGCCGAGGACUCGCCAAUCCAGGACCCGUUCAACCGCGAGCCCUUCCAGCACAGCGCGCUCGCGAACGUUGACAAGCUCAACAUAAAGCAGCCCAUGGACGUGGCUUCAAAAGAGAAGAUUGCCAAGCUGGCGAUCGACGUUGGGCUGCCAGAGGUCACCAGGUGGAAGCCUAGGAUGCCCGAACACCUCGAGGGUUCAGGUUUCAUCGCCGUACUCAACACGUCCCUCUUCGCCAUCGUCGGUGCCAUUUCUUUACAACACGGCGCCGAAACCGCCCAGCAGGUUGUCCGGGAGAAGAUCCUAAGGAGGUUGGGAGCAUGA